AUGUUGCACUACGCUGAGCCGCAUCUCAUGUACGAGAUCUGGCUUUGCGAUGCCCUGUUGAUCAUCGUCCUCGGCUUCUUGAACCCGGUCCAGCCUCAGGAGGAUUUUGCCCGAGCCGGUCGUCCAAGUGGCAAGUUAUGGACGCCUUGUGAGACAUCAUCCGUCCGAGAACCAGCGAUUGAGAUCUGCAGGUCUUUUGAAUAUCAGCUUCAAAAUCUCUGGGCUCCUUCACCCGUGCAUCAGUGGGCAAUGCCUCUGGCGCUGGCAGAUGUCACCCUCCAAUCCACGGAUCCAAUCAAAGCGUGGGUCCUUCGCCAAAUUCUAGCUGCCCCAGACCGUCGGAGGGUUCCAUGGCUUUGGUUCAUUGAAUGGCUCUUGGGACAAAAUCGAGAGGCGCCUGUUAACUUGUUUGCCAGUUGGCCAGUCAGGAGAUCUGGAUCUGGCAGUCUUGGAUUCUGA